CAUCAUUUAGCAUAAUUAAACACUUGAACUCCAUAAACAUAUAGAAAAACAAUGCAAACAAAUUAGAUAAAAGAAGUCACAUAUAGUGGAAGCUUCAAGCUUUUGAUGUCAUGGCCUUGAACUUCUUCUCCGCUUCUCUUCACCCAAUUUCAAACCCAUCUUCUUCCUCUCGAUCCAAACUGAGACAUCAUCUCCUUCCGCAACUCUCUUCUCCUUCAGCAACACGCGUCCGUUCUGAGCGGAGCGAAAUCGGCGUCACUGCCAGCAACAACAACAACGAUUCUUCUUCUUCUUCUUCUUUCUCCGGUUCUUCUUCUUCUUCGUCAUCAGUACGCACACAACUAGAUCUCCUUGAACAGCUAACUUCAACAAGUGAUGGGUACUUGAGUGAUGGUGGUGGCUCGAAAGGAAUCACAAUUCGUGACCAAUUGGCUGGACUUGUUGGUGACAGAGACGACGAUUUCACCAUUCCCUUAGGCAAGAACUUAAAGAAAGUGAGUCCUAAAUUCUUAACCAUUUCUCAGAAAAGGAACAUUAAGAGACAAAGCUACCUUAAUGAGGUCUCUCAGAGGAAUGAUUCUGUUUUCUUUGCUACUAUUGGCGCCUUUGUAAUCCUUCCGCCUUUGGUCAUUCUAGCUAUUGCUAUCUUAACUGGCUAUGUUCAACUCUUCCCUUAAGUAUGAAUUUAUAUACAAUUGCAUAUAGCAGAAGGAGUUGCUUGUAAUCAGAAAUCAGAUUGUCCAAUGAUAAAUAUAGGUUGAUCUUUUCUUUGAAAUCUUGGUACAAUGUGUUACUUGUUGUUUGAAUAGGAUUACACUAAAGAAUAAAAGAAAAUAGGUUCU